AUGGGAAAAACCUUUGUGAAGAUAGAUAAGGCACCACGUUCAAAACAUAGACACGCGGAAGAAACUGAGGAGGAGGAAUAUGAAGACGAGGAGGAAGAGGAAGAACAGAAUGAGUGGGCUGGCAUAGUUAAGAAAAAUGCGUCAUGUUCAAAGGCUGGAUACCAAAGAGCCACUGCUCACAAGGUGAGGGACAGCCAUGACCAAUUUGGGGCAGAUAUAUUCAAAAGUGGACAUGCAACGCAGCCAAGAAAUCCUUACUUUAUAGCGAAAUUACAAGCAAAAAGGAGAGACCAACUAUACGUUCCAAUUGAUGUGGUUAAAGCCUUCAAUUUUGAACUCCCUUCGAGCAUGACCAUUCGCGACUCUACUGGCAGAGAAUUUGAGACAAAACUCAAGAAUUGGAAGGAUGGUAGAAUAUGGCUAAUUGGAGGAUGGCAUAGUUUAUGCAGGUGGAACCUUGUGGAGAAAGAUGUCAAGUGUAUUUGCGAAUUUGUGAAAGGAAAAGGAAAUAAAGUCCUUUACUUGCAAGUUCAAAUUCUUCAUGAAGGAUCAGUUUCAAACUCCAACACUAAACACAUGGAAGAGGAAGACGAAGAAGAAGAAGAAGAUUAUGAUGAUGAUGAUGAAGAGGAGGAAGAAACUGAAGAGGACGAAGAAACAGAGGAGGAUGAAAGGACUGGUACAUUUAAGAAAAAUGUGUCACGUUCAAAAGUUGGAUGCAAAAGAGACAUUGCUUGCAAGGUGAGGGAUGUUCCUGACCAAUAUGGUGCAGAUAUAUUCAAAAGUGGGCGUGCAACUCAGCCAAAAAAUCCUUACUUUGUAGCGAAAAUACGAGCAAAAAGGAGAGAUCAACUGUACAUUCUGAUUGAUGUGGUGAGAGAUUACAAACUUGAACUCCCUUCAAGAAUGAUCAUUCGCGAUUCUGCUGGCAGAGAAUUUGAGACGAAACUCAAAAAUUGGAAGGACGGUAGAAUAUGGCUAGCUGGCGGAUGGCGCAGUGUAUGUAGGUGGAACCUUAUGGAAAAAGAUGACAGGUGCAUUUGUGAAUUUGUGAGAGGAAAAGGCAAAAACGGCCUUUACUUGCAAGUUCAUGUUCUCCAUGAAGGAUCAGUUUCCGAAUAGUGAACUUGUAACAAGUAGUGUUGUUUGUUGACAAAUAUUGAAGGCUUAUCUAGUUUGUAAAAUAGCUCUGACA